AUGGACACAUGUCAAUGCACUGAGAAGAUGAGCCCUCCAGGAAACCUUCCACUUCUCAAGCACGGAAGGUGUAUGUCAAACAUAUCCACAAGGAGCAACUGCACCGAUCUUGUUUCUUUGUCGAACACCGAUCUAGCAAGAGUCGAGCGAGAAAACAGACGUCAAAGGCCUAUUCAAGCCAACAUGGGCGAUCAAGGCAACAAUGGCAACAUGGCUGUCGAGGUUCAACAGCUUCGACAACAAUUGGAGCAGCUGCAAAAGGCGCAGCAAGACAGGAAGCAGCCACAGCCUGCUAUUGGAGACAAGGACAGUCCGCACGCUUACUAUCACAACAGGGCUGCGAUUGCUCCUCCAACCAUUCAGAGGCAAGACUUUGAGAUCAAACCUCAGCUGAUCUCAUUGGUGAAGCAGCACCUCUUUCAUGGGCUUCCUGCUGAGAUUCCGAUGGACCACAUCGAGAAUUUUGAGGAGAUUUGCAGCACGACUGGAUCAAACGGGAUACCAGCCGAUUUCUUGAAGUGCAAGCUUUUUCCAUUCUCACUUGCGGACAAAGCUUUGCGCUGGCUGAAGUCAUUACCACCUGGGUCAUUGACUACAUGGGAAGAGUGCAGAUCAGCAUUUUUGGACCAUUUCUACACUAAGGCCAAAACUGCAGCUCUGAAGAACAAGAUCUCGUCGUUUAAACAGCAACCUGGUGAAGCUUUCUGCGAAGCUUGGGAGAGGUACAAGGAGUACCGAAGAGAGUGCCCUCACCAUGGGUUCUCUGAUGAGCAGAUUCUGUCAACCUUUUAUGAUGGUGUCAACUGGGAUUACAGGAAUGCUUUGAAUGCAGCUAGCAAUGGCGAUUUCAUGACUAAGUCCAAAGAAGCUGCUUAUGAGUUGAUUGAGAACUUAGCUGCAAGCUCCAGCAACAAAUCCCAAGAGUAUGACAGGUCUAGCAAAGCAGUUCAUAGUGUGGAGUUGAGCAAAAUCGAUGAGCUUACAGCAAAGGUGAAUCUGCUGUUGAGAGAGAACCAGAGAUCUGUGCAUUUUGCUGAUGAGGUUGGUGAUGCACCGCUUGCUCAAGAGUUUGUAGAUGCAGAGAAUAAUGAUCAGAUGGAGGUAAAUUUCGUGAAUGGACAAGGGUAUGUGCAGAAUCGCAGUUUCAACAACUUCAGAAGCCACCCGAAUUUAUCCUACAGAAGCAACAAUGUUGAGAACCCUCAGGAUCAGGUCUAUCCGCAGCAAGGAGUGCAGAAUCAGUCAGGAUUUCAGAAGAACUUCUCCAGCAACUUCCAAGGAAGGCAGUUCAUCACCAAUCAGAAUCGAUUUCAAGGUGGAAAUCAGCAGAAGUUACCUUUCACAAGUCUACAGCCUUCUUCGAGUUCCUCAAAUAACUCGCAGGAUGCGCUGAAAAACUUGAUGCAACAGCUGCUGGUUAAUCAGCAAAAGUCUUCCAUGGAGAUUAAUGCCAAAGUGGACACCAUGUACAAUGAUUUGAAUGGCAAGUAUGAGGCUGUGUGGACUCAUGUGAAGAAGCUGGAUGUUCAGGUAGCUCAGACUGCAGAAGCUGUGAAGAGAUCACCUGGAACUCUCCCUGGAAAAGGUGAAAACCCCAGGAAUGAGUUUGUGAAUGCUAUUGAGCUUAAAAGUGGGAAGACUCUACAUGCUGCACCAACAAGCUCUACGAAGGAGCACUCUUCCUCCAUCGGAGCACCUGCUCCAAAAUCUGGAGCACCUGCUCCAGACGUAGAUUUGACGAAGGAGCACCUUGAGCCAACGAGGGAGCACCUGCUCCAGCCACCUGCUCCAGCAAACAUUCCUGCAAGAGUUUACACGCCUAAGAUACCUUACCCAGUUCCACCAAAGAAGUCUCGCAAGGACUUAGAGGAUGCAAAGUGCAGGGAGAUGCUGAAGGAUUUGACUGUAAAACUCCCUCUAGCUGACGCUGUUCAGAUGAUACCAGCCCUUAAAAGAUACAUGAAGGGGUUAGUGUCUGGGAAAGCUGUUGAGGAAGAGAGUGUCAUGAUGGUUUCGAAGGAGUGCAGUGCUGUGCUUCAGAACAAAGUGCUGAAGAAGAGAAGUGAUCCAGGAAGGUUUGUUCUCUUAGUUCAAGUGUGA